GUUGGUAGUUAUAGUUUUAUCGCCAAAGUUCUGCAUAAUUUUGUAUAGGGUUGCCACCACUACUACAACUGCACCCCACAUAUAUCAAUCAAAACUCUUUCGGUCCUUCCAAAGCUCGAGUAAUUUUUGAUCGUCUUUUAUUCAUGUUAUAAUUAUUACUCAUUUCGUAGCGAUUAUUAAGAUCGAGUCAUAUAUAGACCGAUAGGUUUGUAGCCUUAGAUAAUCGAUCGCUUCGAUAUAUAGAAAAGAAAAGAUAAGACUCGAAGACAUGCUCGCUUCUCACCAUCUUCCUAGCCAUUUCCUUGCUUCUAAAAAUAUUGUCGGCUCACCAAUUUCUCUAGAGAAACACACUGUUUGGUUUAUAGGCAACAAUCUCAUCCUCUUGCUCUUUUUCAGAUUGAUUUCUCUUCUUGCUCCUCGAUCCAAAGGCUAGAACUUGUUACUUGUUUCCCGGAAAUCCUCGAUUUGAAGAUAUCUUUUCCCGUUGUUAAUUUUGGGUGUUUUGAGAGAUGGGUUUGAGUUCUAAGCAGGUUUCUGGCGAUGGGCUUGAUUGGAGUCGAGCCUUCUUGCAGGAUCAAACAACUUUGGAGCCGCCAAAAACAACUUUGGAGCUGCCAAAAACUCCUCCGAUCUUGAGACGGCAACAGCAACAAAAUCAGCAGCAACAAUCCGAGCCAUUAAAGUGUCCGAGGUGUGAUUCAUCAAACACGAAGUUUUGUUACUACAACAACUAUAACAAGUCCCAGCCUCGGCAUUUCUGCAGAGCUUGUAAAAGGCACUGGACUAAGGGUGGAACUCUACGCAACGUUCCGGUUGGUGGCGGCCGCAAGAAUAAGAGGCUAAAAAAAUCAAGCACUGCUACCUCUGCCAGCACCAGCACCAGCGCUAGUGCAGCCACCACCAGCACCACCAAUAGCGAUGUCGAUAAUAAGCUCAAGACGGCGCACAUGGCUAUUCAAGCUCAGCAGCAGAGGCACAAUCUUCCUCUUUCACUAGGUGAUCAGAAACGCAUGCCUGAUAUCCUCUACCAGGCGUUGAUUCUUCCACCAUCUUCGCUGCCGCAAAAGAAUUUGUUCUACUCCAGCAACUUGGACAGCAAAAAUCUCAGUGCCAACAACGUCUGUUUGGGUUCAACUCCGCCUCUUCCUCUAGACGAAAACCUAAACUUUCCCUUCUCAAGCUCAAGCUCUUUUAACACAAGCCCAUCUCCAAUCCCAACCUCUUUCCAGUCCUCAGAUGUUUAUAAUAAUCAUAGUACGGAUCAAGAGUUCAAAACCAUGGGGGAGCCAACCAUUACCAAUAUCAUGGCCAACCCAAGGAGCACUGCCACUCAGCCAUGGCAGAUACCUACAACAACUAGUGGUAUGGACGUGUCGACUUACUGGACUUGGGAUGAUAUUGAUACCUUUGCCUCCACCGAUCUCAAUCUACAAUGGGAUGAUUUUGAAAUCAAACCAUAAAAAAGUUUAACCAGGUGAACGUACAUCUUUAUGGUAUCUCAAUCGGUGAGCGCAGUAGAGAGAUGUGGACUGUUUGAAGCUGUCUUUUUUAGUUUCAGCUUCAGGCUAAGGUGCCUAUGAUCAGUAACUCUACAUGAUGUCCCUCUCUCUUGAUCUUCUCCUUAAUUUGAUGGAAUAGUGUCAUGAUAUAUGUUGUAAGGAGCUCAGUUUUGUUCUUAACCAUAGAUGUCGAUAGAAUUUUGGAUGCUUCGAUCAUGAUCACAGAAGGGUGAUCUCCACUCCAGCAGGGCUGAUCUGACACAAUGUGAUGUAAGAAUAUUCUUGUGGAUAUGUGUAUUUGGAUUAAUUUGAAUAUUGAUAUUAAUUACUUGGGAUUUGUUUGCUCUU